CAGUCAAAUUUUGCUGUUGGACGAUUACAGCAAAACUGCAGAAAGGCAUAUAUGCUAGAUUUUGGAUUGGCAAGACAGUAUAUUACUGCAAAUGGUGACGUUCGUCCGCCUAGAGCGGCUGCAGGUUUUAGAGGAACAGUUCGUUAUGCUUCUGUGAAUGCUCAUAAAAAUAAAGAAAUGGGUCGCCACGAUGAUCUGUGGUCACUGUUCUACAUGUUGGUCGAAUUUGUAAAUGGUCAGUUGCCGUGGAGAAAAAUUAAAGAUAAAGAACAAGUAGGAAUAAUGAAGGAGAAAUAUGAUCACAGGUUGCUGUUAAAACAUUUACCCUCAGAUUUUCGUCAAUUUCUGGAUCACAUCUCUUCUUUAGAUUAUUAUGAUCGACCUGAUUAUAACAUGCUGGCAGGUCUUUUUGAGAAAUGUAUGAAACGUCGCGGUGUGAGAGAAAGUGACCCAUUUGACUGGGAGAAGAAUUACACAGAUAAUUCAGUAAUAACUACAACAACAACUUCCCCUGCAAUUAUAUCAAAGCCUGCUUUCCCUGGUAUUGUUCCACCUGGUACACAUGGUACUGAUAAUAUGCUUGAUGAUAACAUCAUGGCAAGUUAUGAAGAUCAUGGGGAAAAUAUUAAACCUGAUGGCUAUUGUGAAGGAAAAAGUAAAGAAACUCUAGAGAAAGAUGAUGCCUUACUUAAUAAAACUAGUGUGAGGUCACAGAUUCCACAAAAUAAUGAAGGACAAAAACUACCAGAUAAUGUACAGAUUCCUGUAUUAAAAUGUCCAAUGAAUGAAAACAUCUUCAGUAAUACCAAUAUCAUUAAAACUGAUCGUAAAGUUGAGAAAAUUGAUGUUGAACGAGAAAAUGAAGAUGUUGGAAAAGAAACUGUAAUAAAUGGUGAUGUAGAAGUUAGGCAUCAUAUAUCAAGAAAAUCUGAAGGUUACCCUUCUGGAGAACCACCUGGCGAAGAAGUAAAGGGAGAGACAUUGUCAUCAGAACAUCGUGCUAAAUUGAGAAAAGAGUUACCAUCAUUAAAAAUUGGAGGAUUUCAAGAAGAAGUUAUGGUUGGUGAAAUGGAGAGUCCACAAUGUAAAGAUGGGGAAGGAACCCAGCAAGAAUCAAGUAACUAUGCAGGGGACCUGCCAAAAACCACUCAAAGUGAUAUGAGUAAACAUACUCCACCCAUAAGUACACCACCCACAGAUUCAAAACGAGAUGGUAAAGAUCAAGGUUCUAAAGAGCAUCGACGUGCAAGAUUUCAUCCAAGUACAAAACCUCGUUAUAGAGAUGUAUCUAUAACUCAAUUUGCACUUGCAGAUGAUGAUAAUAUCUCUGUUCUUCAACAAGUCACAAAAGGUGGUGCAGCAGCUAUGACUCUUGUAUCAAAAUGGUUAAUGUCUUUUGAUGACAGUGAAGAGACUGAUCCAGAAAUGGAUGAAAAUAUCCAAUUAAUAUCUCCUGAACAUCAGCAAAUGGGUGAAGAUGAAAAGCCUGUAGCACUGCAUAUAGAUGAUGUAUGUAAUAAAUCUAGUGUUAUAAAUUACACAGAAAGUAUUAAUGUAUCUGCAGACAGUAACAGAAUCCAAAAAAGAGAAAGAAGGCGAAGAGUUCAUCGCUCAAUGUCACAACCAGCUACAUUACCUCCUUAUGUUAUACCUGCAGGAUUAUUGCUUGAGCAAGGAACUGGGAAUACAUUUGUAGGUUUGACAGGUUUGCCAUUUCCAGGUUCAAUUCCUGAAGGUCUUCCACGUGUCUGGAGUUGUCCAGCUAUUGCUUUUCAUCUUCGUUCAAAUUUACAGCCACCUCUAAAACAACAAGCAUCAUUUGAUGAAAAUGUAUAUGAAGUAGAUAUAAUGAGAAAUGUUGCUGUUAAGCAAUCUGCAGAACAAAUAGCAACUAAAGAAGAAGAAAGAAGAGCUUCGUUACCACAUAUAUUUAUGACAUCAACAGAAAUACAGUGCCAAUCUAAUAAUACUCAAAAUAUUAAAACUGCCACAGGUAAUGAAAAAGUUACUACAGUUAAUGAAAAAGUUAAAACUCAAUUUUUAGAUGUGCCACAGGAGAAAAAGAUAAAAGAAACAAAAGGAGUAGAAGUAGAUAACCAAAUUACUGUAUGUAUAAAUAAUAUCAAGAAAGAAGGUGAUUCCCUUAAAUAUUUAGAAACUACAGAAAACACCAUAAGUAAAUCAGUACAGAAAUCUUCAAACCCCCAUAGAAAAGGUAUUUUAAAAAAAUCGAAUACCGAAAAAUCAGUUCCAACUGCUCUCAGAAGUAAAGAUUCUAUUGAACAAGAAAAGCAAAGAAGUCGUUCUAGUUUAGAAAUUCAGCAAGAUCAUAUUGAUGACUUGAAGCAAAAAUCAAUGUUAAGAGUAGAUACUUCAGAACAGAAAGAUAAUUGCAUUUGUACUUUGCAGAUUGAUGGUAGAAGAAUUCACAAAUCACCUGCAAGGAGUGGUGAUAGCAAAAAAGCAAAAAUUAGAAAUAUUAAAAACAAUCCAUCUAGUCCUUUGGAUUCACAUCACAAAAGAAGUAAUUAUGCAGAAACUAGUGAUAAAGUAUUGAGAAAAAGUGCAGAUUACAAGAAAGAAAGAGGUUUACAACAUUCAAAGAGUUUAUCAAAGGUAAAAGAAUUGCGUGACAAAGAAGGACAAAUAAAUUCUGGUUAUGAUAAAAAAUUAAAAAUAUCAAAUGAGAAACAUAGCAAAGAUGUUAAUCAUAUCUUAGAUCAACAAGAGCAAAUUAUUAAACAAAAAUCAUCAAAAUCACAGAAUGGCGAAAUCAUUAAGGAUUUUCCUACAAGAAAGAAGUCGAGUAAUAUGAUGCAGCUGGACAUACAAGAAAUACCAAUUUUCCAAAGGAAUGGUAGAACUGAUAAAGACAAUAAUAUUAAUGAAAUAAACAAACAACAAGAUGAUAUUGGUGAUAAGGUACAUCUUAAUGAGGCAGAAAUAAUUGAAUCUAUGAUGAUACAAAAAAAAAUGGAUUCUAAAAGGGAUGGAGAUUGUGAAAUUAAAAAGAUAAAAGAAGAUAUUCCACAUUAUAAAAGAAGAAUUUCAAAAGAUCAUCAUAAAUCUAAAUCGUCAUCAGAAUCUAAAGGUCAAGAAUUAAUUAGGAGUAGCAUGGAUGAACAGUUAUUAAAAAAAAGCAACCCUUUUCAAUUUGGACAUUUAGAAAGUAAAAAUCAGGAAGAAAUGCCAAGUAAUACAGACAUUACUCGUUCCCCUAUUAAUGAAAAUGUAAAUUUAGAAAAAACAGGAUGUGGAAUAUCUUCAGAUCAAGUCCAAAUUUUAGAAAAUGAAACAGAAAAUUUGUCUAAAUUUGAUGAUUUAUCUAAUAAGGUUGAUAAUGGUUACGUGAAAGAAAUUAGUUCAAGCUCAGGGAAUGUUCAACAAACUGGUGCCUAUGUUAAUGAACAGAAAGAAAAGAUUUCAGUGAGAAGACGAAGAGAAACUGACAAAUAUGUGAAAGAUGAAAGUGAACUGAAAUUAUCAUUCUCAAGAAGACGACAUCGACCUACUACAAUGGUAGGUGAAUCGCGCAUUCCACGUCCUCGUAUUAGGCAACAGUUAUCUGAUCCAGAUGGUUGUUUAUAUGAUGGACAGAAAGGACUUUCUUCUGCUGAAUCAGAAAGCAAUUUGCUUAGUUCUUAUCUUUUAAAUAAGAAAACUGAAGAAUGUUCUAGGGAACAAAACUAUGUACUUCAGCAGACUGCAUCAUCUCCUGCAGUACCAAAGCAUAUUUGUGAGCAGCUAAAAUUGCAACUAAAUUCUACAGAUAAUCAGGAUAUAUCUGUUUUGGUACGAGGACCAAGACCCCCUCCUGGUGAUCCUCCUCUGUAUGGAUGUGUUCCUGCUCGAUAUUUCAUAUUUCCGUUCAAGGAGGUCGAAAUGACCGAAACGUAUGCCUGAAAUGAAUCAUUUAUUGUGUUUAAACAACGAAGCUGUUUAUAUUUAAUUUUCUUCUGUUAAGAUUCAUACAUUUUUAAUUUUUAUAAUUUGUGAGGAAAAAUGAUAAAAA